CAGGGAUUGAGGGCUGGGUUGCAACGUACUGAAGUGAUCUUUCAGAGAGCCUGGUAAGGCGGGAGAAGUCCGUCGACAAUAAAGGGUUGUGAUAGGAGGGGCAAUGUUCGGUUUAGGAGGAGCCGGGGAGCAGGGCAAAUUUCCACAUGCCUAUUCUCCUUUCUUGAUAGGGAGCAAUUUGGGGUUGGAAAUGGAGGAAGAGGGAUGGAGCAAAGGGACUCAGCCCCCUCUUCUCUGCCCCAUCCCUCUCGCCUUCAGAAUGGCCUCUUUAUCAGGGCUAGUGCCUCAGAAAAGGCCAACUGAACUAUUUAGAGACCAUGCUGUUCAGGCUUCUGUUCCUCCCUCUAUUUGUUCACCCAGAGUGAUGGAAGGGGUGUGCUGUGUAUUUGGGGGAGCACUGGGGAGCAGUCCAGACUUUGCGUGUGUAUUUGUUCAAGUGGUGGCAGGAUGUGGAACUCGGGGCUCUCAUUGACAGGGUUGGAGUGCCACCCAGGUGAAGUAUCUUGGUUGUAAACAGUCAUUACAGCCAGGAAUUUUUCUCAGCUAUGGUGUCAGAAGGGCAGACCUGAAAAACCUGCUGGGCCUGCCUCUGAAUGUGUGUGUGUGUGUGUGUGUGUGUGUGUGUCCCCACAUGUGCCCUCUGUGACUCUCUUGCUACAGUCUGUCCCAGCAACAGGACACAGAAUGACAAAACAAGGCCCUGGGGCGGACAGGAGGGUCUCGGAGGCCUGCGUGAGGGUGCACCAGUGACGCAGGAGUGGCGGGGACUGCUUUCUUACUAUCUUAUCUUGGUGGGAGGCAGCCCUAAGUCCCAAGGCAAGUGUGCAAAGCACAGCAGAGUAGAAGCAAAGGUUCCUGAGUCAGGUAUGGAGGUGUGGGGCGUUGACCCGUGUCUAGCCUGCCCAGUGACCCAAUGACUCAUGCCCUAGCUAUGUCCCUGAGGUCAGGCUGACAGGGUGGAGUUGGGGUUCCUGUCUGGACCCUGUGUUGACGUCCACGAUGCUCUGAUUUCCUAAAGAAGGAAGGAUUGAGGCACUCUAAUGAGGAGCAUGCGACUGAUGUUGGCGAACAGGGUGAAUGGACCAAAGGUGAGACUCCUGGCUGUGGCCUAUGGGCCUCUGAGGAGGCAUCGUAAGUCUGCCCAGCUUCCCACUUACUGUGUCAGCACUCAAUGGGAAGGGAACCAAGGUCAGGCCAAGUGGGUCCAGACAUUGACACAGACUCUGAGUGGGCAGGCCAGGCUUUGUCCAGCCACCAGCCACAGCCUCCAGACAGUACAAGGAUGGAAGUCAAAGGUCAGCUGAUCAGCUCCCCUACCUUCAAUGCCCCAGCUGCCCUGUUUGGAGAGGCUGCCCCCCAGGUGAAGUCAGAGCGUCUUCGAGGGCUGCUUGACCGCCAGCGGGCCCUGCAAGAGGCCCUGAGCCUGAAGCUUCAAGAGCUCAGGAAAGUCUGUCUGCAGGAGGCGGAGCUAACUGGCCAGCUGCCCCCUGAGUGCCCCCUGGAGCCUGGUGAAUGCCUUCAGUUGGUACGCCGGAGGCCCCCUGCAGCACGUGCCUACCCUCCACCACACCCAAACCCAGUACACCACUCCUUGUGUCCUGCUGAGGAGCUGGCUCUUGAGGCCCUGGAGCGUGAGGUAUCCGUCCAGCAGCAGAUUGCAGCUGCUGCCCGCCGCCUGGCCCUGGCCCCUGAUCUUACUGGAGAGCAGAGGCGGCGCCGGCGCCAGGUGCAGGUAGAUGCCCUGCGGAGGCUGCAUGAGCUGGAGGAGCAGCUCAGGGACUUCCGGGCCCGCCUUGGCCUCCCGGUGCUGCCACUAUCCGCAGGAGCACUAGUCAAUGCCCAGGGUGUCUGCCUGGGCACACGCCUUGCUCAGCUCAGCCAAGAGGAUGUAGUUCUGCACUCGGAGAGCAGCUCCCUCUCAGAGUCAGGGGCCAGCCACGAUAAUGAGGACCCUCAUAGCUGCUACUCUCUAACUGAGCGCCCCUCACCACCAAAGGCCUGGGACCAGUUUCGGGCAGUAUCCGGGGGGAGUCCUGAGCGGCGAGCCCCAUGGAAACCUCCCCCUUCAGAUAUUUAUGGGGACCUGAAGAGCCGGCGCAACUCUGUGGCCAGCCCCACCAGCCCCACCCGCUCGCUGCCCAGGAGUGCCUCCAGUUUUGAGGGGCGAAGUGUGCCUGCCACCCCUGUCCUCACCCGGGGCACUGGCCCCCGGCUCUGCAAACCCGAAGGCCUCCAUUCUCGCCAGUGGUCGGGUAGUCAGGACUCCCAGAUGGGCUUUCCUCGGCCGGACCCUGCUUCGGAUCGGGCCUCCCUCUUCGCAGCUCGCACCCGCCGCAGCAAUAGUUCUGAGGCCCUGCUGGUGGACCGGGCAGCUGCUGGAGGAGCAGGAUCUCCACCUGCUCCCCUGGCUCCCCCUGCUGCUGGUCCCCCAGUCUGCAAGAGCAGUGAGGUGCUGUAUGAGCGCCCCCAACCAGUCCCUGCCUUCUCCUCCCGCACCGCUGGUCCCCCAGACCCUCCUCGGGCUGCCCGACCUAGCUCAGCUGCCCCUGCAUCCCGUGGACCCCCCAGACUCCCACCUGUGUGUGGAGACUUCCUCUUGGACUAUUCAUUGGACCGGGGCUUGCCCCGUGGUGCUGGUGGGGCAGGUUGGGGGGAUUUGCUGCCUGCUCCUGAAGUCCCGGGACCCCUUUCCCGCAGAGAUGGGCUCCUUGCCAUGCUCCCUGGUCCUCCACCCAUAUAUGCAGCUGAUGGCAGCAGCCCCCUUCUCCGCAGCAAAGACCCCAACACCCGUGCCAUUCGUUCCAAGCCCUGUGGCCUGCCCCCAGAAGCUGUGGAGGGUCUGGAAGUGCAUCCAAAUCCAUUACUCUGGAUGCCGCCACCCACCCGGCUACCUCCAGCUAGUGAGCGAGGUGGCCAUAAGAACCUUGCCCUGGAGGGGCUCCGGGACUGGUACAUCCGGAAUUCGGGACUGGCCAUGGGGCCCCAGCGCAGGCCUAUGCUCCCACAUGUGGGCCCAACACACGCACCCUUCCUCCAUGCCCGCUGCUAUGAAGUGGGCCAGGCACUAUAUGGUCCUCCCAGCCAGGCACCGCUCCCGCACUCGAGGAGUUUCACAGCACCCCCUGUCUCCGGCAGAUACUACACGGACUUCCUGUAUCCCCCGGAGCUGAGCGCUCGUUUAAGUGACCUGACGCUAGAGGGGGACCAGUCUUCCAGUUCUGAUCCCCAGACCCCAGGGACAUUGGUCUGACCCUUCCUGAUAAGCCCCUUGUUGGUCUGGACAUACUCCAGUCUGGGGAACAUACAGUCAACCUCACUGAGUCCUGGGAUGUGGUUGUUCUUGGUUCUGAGGGACAACUGCUUGAUCUCACAGAACCCCUGGCUUCUUUGGGGCCCAGAAGGAUGUCUGAUACACCUGCAUCUCUUCUCAUCCUGUGCUGGGGGACUGGAGGGCCCCAGCUAGCUUCAAAGAGGGGGAUAAUGGUUUGGGGACUCUGCCCCUUCCUCCAUUUCUGUUUACAGUUGUGAUUUAGUAUUCACUGUCUUUGCCCAACACUAGGUGUUUUAUAAAAGGGAAACUGUGAGCUCAUUCCUGGUUGGGUUCAUUCCUGUCCCUAUGCCCAGCCUGUUCCAUUCAGGAGCCACCACCCCUCCUCAACAAAAUGGACCAUAUAUAGAGUCUCGGGGGUUAAGAGACCCCUGUGAACAGAACUCCCUGCCUCCUCCCACCAGACUUCUUGGACAGUUGGGCUCCUGUCCACAUUUGGAAGGACGGAAGUCUAGGUGGGGUUGCCUGAAGGAGCUGUUGUCUCUGUCUCUGCCCGUGGCCUCUGCUGACCUCUCCCAGUCAGGAGGCUGUACAGAGUUUGUCAAGAAGCAGAGCCAUUUGAGUAUGUCACAUCCUGGGAUGCUGCAGUGGUUAAACCUGGCAACUGGUCGAUGCCAGCAAAACCCUCAGGUGACAUCUGGCCAUGGGCCACAGGCCACAUCAUGUCCUCCUUGACAUUCCUCUAUUUACCACUUUUUAAACAAAUCCACAUAAGCUGUGUUUUCUAUAUUGUGUGUGACUUUCUGGAACUGGGGGUUCCCCUACCCCCUUUACCUGGUGUUAAAUUUUCUUUUUGUAUCAAUGGAUCUGGGCCCAAGACACUACUCACACUGGAAGGGGAUUUCUAUAAUAAAUGUAUAAACUGAA